AUGGACCCGAGCAUCAUCCUCAACACCCUGACCGGCAUCGAUGAUAGCAUUCUGGCGACAGUUUUGGCUCAGCUCAUGCAGAGCAAGCCAGAGCUUGCCCCAGGCCUCGUCAAUGUCUGCGUUCCGGACUUGACCUUCGCGCCUAGCAAGGCCUUGACGGAGAAGCGCUGCAUAGGCACCGUAGCGAAGCUGAACCCAGCGAUGGGUGUGGGCUUCAUCAACUGCCCCGAGCUAAGUGCAGUUUUUGGCUGCGACGUGACAGUCAAAGCACUUCAGCUUGGGGGCUUCGUCGAAGGACAGGAGGUCAACUUCGCCGUGACUUUGAACGAUGAGAACAAGCCUCAGGCCUUUGACUUGGCAGACAACAAGACGGGGAUGAACGGCCAAAUCGGGUGCAUGGGCUGCGGAGGGAUGCCUUCCAUGGGGGACAUGGGCCCCGGUUGUGGGAUGGGCUGCGGCAUGGGCGGUUGUGGCUGUGGCGGCUGUGGCUGUGGCGGGGGCUGUGGUUGCGGCUGCGGAGGCUGUGGCUGCGGCGGGGGAUGUGGCAUGGGGGGCUGCGGCUGUGGUGGCUGUGGCUGUGGUGGUUGCGGCUGUGGCUGCGGAGGCUGUGGCUGCGACGGUAUGGGUGGCGACAUGAUGGGGAUGAAUGGGCCUAUGGGUGGCAUGAUGGGAGGUCCGAAAGGCGGUGGAAAAGCCAAUGAAGAAGUCCUAGGAGAGUUCUAUGGGAUCAUCAAGAGCUACAACCCCGAGAAAGGCUUCGGCUUCAUUGCCUGCGAUGCGCUGAAGCAGCAGCACGAGGGCGAUGUCUAUCUCAAUAGCAGGCAUGUGGGCGAGUUCAAGGUUGGCCAGGAGGUGAAGUUUCAAGCCUUCCUCCAUAACGGCCGGCUACAAGGUCGAGAGCUCCAGGAUGCCACGGGGCUUGUGGGCCCACAAAGUGGCGCAGCACCUGGCUUUGCAGAAGAGCAGGAGCUGGGUGUCUUCACCGGGAGGAUCAAGAACUUCCAUCAGGACAAAGGCUUCGGCUUCAUUGUCUGUGAAGCACUGAACAUGCAGGGCUUCCAGGGCGAUGUCUUCCUGCAUCAGAGGCACAAGGGAGAAUUCAGGGAAGGCGAUGUCGUCGCGUUCAUGGCCGUGCUCCGAAACGGAAAGCUCCAAGCCAAGGACCUCGAGCAAGCACCCCCAGGUAGCGACGGAGGCCUAGGCAUGGGCGGCGGCAUGGGUCCAGGUCCCAUGGGCUGUCCAGGUCCUAUGGGAGGCCCGAUGGGCGGUCCAUGCAUGGGUGGGCCCAUGGGCGGCCCCAUGGGUGGUUGCAUGGGCGGCCCAAUGGGUGGCCCUAUGGGCGGCUGCAUGGGUGGGCCUAUGGGUUGCGGCAAGGGCUUCGGGGACAAGGGCAAAAAUGCCGGCCGAGGCCCCUAUUGA